AUGGGCAAAAAUAUAAAGAUAGAGAUAAUUGUGGGGAGUUACUGUACCAGAUCUCUGUACGUUGCCAACAAGAAGAUAAUGUUCCAGAUAUGGGACACGGCUGGUACUGAACGUUUUAAAAGUAUCGUUCCUUUUUACCUCAGAGAUGCAGAUGUCGCCAUUGUAGCAUAUGAUAUCACUGAAAAGAAUACAUUUGAGAACAUCAACCAAUGGCUCCGACUGUUACAAGAGAGUGCCCCUGAAACUAUUAAAUGUGCUUUAGUUGGUAACAAAUGUGAUCUACUGGAAACACGACAAGUCACCAGACAGGAGGCACAUGCAUUUGCAGAUGAACACGGUCUCUAUUUCUUGGAAACCUCUGCCAAGACAGGCCAGAACAUACAACAGCUAUUCAUGGAUAUAGGUUCUAUAUUUGUCGGAGGUCCUCUGAAACAACACAUAAACAAUUCUGCUAUCACAGUGACGGAAUCAAGUGAACCUGUGACGUCAGGGAAAUGUUGUUGAUGACAGACUUAGCGCUGUGGUGAUUUUUAACAGCAACCACUCAUCCAUCGAUUUAUCACAUUGAAUAGCGUUACUAACAAAAUAGUCAUAUUGCGUAUGAAAAGUUAUACUGCCAAAAUAGUGCCAUAUUGUAUGUGAAAGUUAACCUGCCAAUAUAGUUUCAUUGUAUGCGAAAAGUUAACCUGCCAAAAAAGUUACAUCGUAUGUCAAAAAUUAACCUGCCAAAAUAACCAAAUAAAAUUCAUUGCAUGUGAAAAGUUAA